CAGUUGGCUGUUUCAGGGCUGAGAUAUUGGCAACUGGGGCUCCGGGAUUUGGGGCACGAGCUGCGGCGGGAAGCAUCGGCGGCCGGCCGGGCAGAGGCGCCUCCCUCCCCAGCGGUCCCGGGCGCCACACAGCGCGGCCCCCGGCUGCAGCUCCGGCUGGGAUUGGAACUGCGGAAGGAUCCAAAGAGCUAAGGUGGCUGCAGAGGGGAGAGCGGCGCGAGCCAAGUGGGGGAGGGUGGAGGAAACCCGGGAGAAGGCUUUCUCCAGCCCCCAAAGUUUUGAUGAUGACCAUGACUACGAUGGCUGACGGCUUGGAAGGCCAGGACUCGUCCAAAUCCGCCUUCAUGGAGUUCGGGCAGCAGCAGCAGCAGCAGCAACAGCAGCAGCAGCAGCAGCAGCAACAGCAACAGCCGCCGCCGCCGCCGCCGCCACCGCCGCAGCCGCACUCGCAGCAGAGCUCCCCGGCCAUGGCAGGCGCGCACUACCCUCUGCACUGCCUGCACUCGGCGGCGGCGGCGGCAGCGGCCGGCUCGCACCACCACCACCACCACCAGCACCACCACCACGGCUCGCCCUACGCGUCGGGCGGAGGGAACUCCUACAACCACCGCUCGCUCGCCGCCUACCCCUACAUGAGCCACUCGCAGCACAGCCCUUACCUCCAGUCCUACCACAACAGCAGCGCAGCCGCCCAGACGCGAGGGGACGACACAGAUCAACAAAAAACUACAGUGAUUGAAAACGGGGAAAUCAGGUUCAAUGGAAAAGGGAAAAAGAUUCGGAAGCCUCGGACCAUUUAUUCCAGCCUGCAGCUCCAGGCUUUAAACCAUCGCUUUCAGCAGACACAGUAUCUGGCCCUUCCAGAGAGAGCCGAACUGGCAGCUUCCUUAGGACUGACACAAACACAGGUGAAGAUAUGGUUUCAGAACAAACGCUCUAAGUUUAAGAAACUGCUGAAGCAGGGCAGUAAUCCUCAUGAGAGCGACCCCCUCCAGGGCUCGGCGGCCCUGUCGCCACGCUCGCCAGCGCUGCCUCCAGUCUGGGACGUUUCUGCCUCGGCCAAGGGUGUCAGUAUGCCCCCCAACAGCUACAUGCCUGGCUAUUCUCACUGGUACUCCUCUCCACACCAGGACACGAUGCAGAGACCACAGAUGAUGUGAGUUGCCCAAGGGAACACCCUAGGGAAACGUCUGAACAAGGAAAAGAGGAUCCGGGACCUGCUUGUAUCUGCGAAAAGGAGCCAAAGGAGCAGGCUUAGGAGAGCUCAUAAGUGUGGCGAGAAGCCGACUAGGCUCAUUCUCUCUCCCUCUCUCUCUCUCUCCCUCUCCUUUCUUUUUACUUCUUCCUUUCCUCCAUUCCUUCUUUCUUUCCUUUUCCUUUCUACCUUUCUUUUCUUUUUGCCUUUUCACCUUUUUUCUCAUUUACCUUCUCUCUUGAGCAACGUCAGUAAUUGAUCUUGCAUCUCAGAGAGAGAGAAAGAGCAUGUGUGAGAGAGAAACUGGUUUCUAUGCCAGCACUCCUGAAACCCCUUACUGUAAGGAUAUUUUCUCUUACCCCUUGGGAUCCAGGCUCUGAGUCUCUUCUUCUCUUUGGGAGUAUCCAUCAAAAUGACUUUUUUUAAAAACAGAUUUUCCCCCAACCAGAAGAAUCUGCACAAACAUGGCAGCGUUUUUACUUGUUUAAUGAGUUUAAGACAUUACAUGGUGAAAGAGAAGCAUUUUGGACUCCUGCAUUUUUAUUUACCAUUCCCAGACUGACGAGAAAAAGAAAAUUCCUCACAUAACAGCCCUUCUCUAAAGAAAAAGGAAAAAGUGGCUGUAAGAUGAGAACAUUGCUACAAAGGGAAUGCUGCAUGUUUUAUCAAAAUGCAAUGACCAGGAAUGAUGGUUGAUUAAAAAAACAAAACAAAAACCACUCUUUCCCCACCCCACCCCCCCAAACCCUGAACUGGAAUCAGAAAAGACGGAGGAAACAAUCAAAAUCACCAUUCUAUUGCUUUGACACCUUUACUAGGUGAAUUGGUGGCAUUCACAAAGCUAAUAGGGACGUUUAUAUCAAGAAACAUUUCUGUAUAUAUUGUUGAAUUUUAGUUGUACAUAUACUUUGUAUGUUUUUGUCUUCUUUCAUAUAUGGAGUAAAAGCCACAAAACGCUGAGUGUCUUGUAUAUUUCUCUGUGUGUCUCUGUCCCUCUCUUUCCUCCCUCCUCCCUCACUUCCCUUCCCCCCAUUAAAUUUUCUAUCACCCUUAAAAAAAUUCCUAUUUCCUAAUAUGGGAAGUCAUAUGUAUAUAUAUGAACAUCAAGUGCCUGCAAAG